CUAGAGUGACGGUAUGUUAAAAAACAAAGCAAAAAACAUAAAUAAUAAUAUAAAAAAAAAUAAAAAUGUAAAAUUUUGGCCAAGAUUUAUGAAGAAAGAUUAUUUAUUUGAAAAAUUUUAUAAGAAGAACACUUUUUUUUUUAAAUGUUUGGACUUUUUCAUUUAUAUAGCAAAAAAUCCCAUUGGUGAAUAAAUACCACCAAAAUAAAGUUUUAUCUGGCUCAAAAAAAUGCUAACAAAUUCAUAUGGGUACAGUGUUGCAUGACCGGGCAAUUGUCAUUCAAAGUAUGAUAGCACUGAAAGCUGAAAAUUGGCCUGGACUAGAAGGGGGUGAAAGUGUCCGGACUUGAAGUG